CCACAAAUCUACACUGCCUCUGCGCACAUAUGAGCGCAAUAUAUCUGACUUUUUUAAAUUAAUUUUUAUAGGGAACAGGUUGCUGAACACACAAACGCGAGGCAUAGCUUGUUAUCGGCAUUCAUUAUCUAGUUGCUGCGGUUCUUCUUUUUGAGGUAGGCUACAGGCUACAGAAGAAGCGAGAUGCGCCACGCGUCAGGCUUUUGUCGAAAGAAAUCCAUGGCAGAGAUUCUAGAAUCAUGAUUAUAUAAGAAAAAGGAGAGUCGGAUGCACGCACGACCGAGUCCACCGUCACCAGAAGACUGGAAAAUAAAAGAUACAGGCUGUAACGUGCGAGCGAGGUGUCACAGGCUGGCACCAGUGUUGCCUAGCGCCAGACCACUUUGCGCCACAAGUAGAAAACAGGGGAUGCACGAAAACAGUGAAGACAACCGGGCACGAUGCAGGACUGAAUCUAUAUAUUUCCCCUAGAAUAACCAGACAGACGUUGUGUCGACUUGGCUAUCAUUUGAGUGUAAAGCGCGUCGAAUAAGUAGUCUAAUUUAUUAUCGAGAAGAUGAGUGUAAACCAGACUGGGUAUGAUGGCAUCUCUAGAGUGGAUGGUGUCACGGUAACGGGCGGCCUCAACAUCAGUGGUACCCCGAAGCUGCAACAGUGUGCUCAGCCUCCCGGUAACCGACCCAGGGAUGCCCGAUACCAGCAACACGGCGGUCGGCAGCACCAGCACGCCAGCUCCGCUGUCAAACCGCCUAAUUCUGAACGGUCCGAACCCGCGGACGUUGUGAAGCGCGCCAUUGACUUCAAGACGCAAGGCACACAGUGUUACAAGGAUAAGAAGUACCGGGAGGCGAUUGGCAAGUACCACCGUGCUUUAUUAGAGAUGAAGGGGUUAUGCCGGGUGCUGGGAGACCCUGAAGCCAGCUCUAAGUCUCCUUCCUCUGUGCUGCCUACUAUGACCAAAUCAGACAGCCUGACGGACGAGCAGAAAGGUGCCAUGGAGAACGCCGAGCUGGAGUGUUACAACAGUCUGGCAGCGUGCCUGUUGCAGAUGGAGCUGGUCAACUAUGAGCGUGUGAAGGAGUAUUGUCUGAAGGUACUGCGUAAGGAAGGGGACCACUUCAAGGCUUUGUACCGCUCUGGGGUGGCCUACUAUCACCUAGGAGACUUCCACAAAGCCCUUCACUACCUCAAGGAGUCCCACAAACAGCAGCCAGCAGACACCAACGUUCUCCGUUACAUCCAGCUGACUGAGAUGAAGAUCCGUCGUUCUGCCCAGAAGGAGAAGAAAGAGACCGCAUAAACAACCAACCACUCACUGUCUUAAUUGAUAACUAAAGGCUUUACCUGAAAUGGCACCAUAUUCCCUACGCAGUGCACUAGGUCCCAAUGUGCCCUGGUCAAAAGGAAUGCACUGCAUAGGGAAUAGGGUGCCAUUUAGGAUGCCACCCACCUAACUUUUCACUCAACGUCAAUUUGUACUUUUCUUCAUGCUCUACUCAGACCACGAUACAGGGUCUCUUUUUAUUUGAUUUAUUUUACCUUUAUUUUACCAGGCAAGUCAGUUAAGAACAAAUUCUUAUUUUCAAUGACGGCCUAGGAACAGUGGGUUAACUGCCUGUUAAGGGGCAGAACGACAGGGGGUUUGAACUCGCAACCUUCCGGUUACUAGUCCAACGCUCUAACCACUAGGCUACCCUGCCGCCCCCUCUGUGUUUUAAAGGAUUUCUAUGUAGAUAUGCUUUACCUUUUGCACAGCCACUUUAUCCUUCUUCGCCGAUUAUGUGAUUCAUACCAACGUGUACUUUAGUACUUAUGAGUAUAUGUCAACUAUUUUAUACAGAUAUGCAGUACCAGUCAAAAGUUUGGACACACCUACUCAUUAAAAAGUUUUUCUUUAUGUUUUACAUUUGGGUUGAGGUCUGGUGAUUGUGUAGGCCAGGUCAUCUAAUGCAGCACUCCAUCACUCUCCUUCUUGGUCAAAUAACCUUUACACAGACCAAAGGUGUGUUUGAGUCAUUGUCCUGUUGAAAAACAAAUGAUAGUCCCACUAAGCUCAAAACAGAUGAGAUGGCGUAUCACUGCAGAAUGCUGUGGUAGCCAUGCUGGUUAAGUGUGCCUUGAAUUCUAAAUUAAUCACAGACAGUGUCACCAGCAAAGCACCCCCACAACAUCACACCUCCUCUUCCAUGCUUCACGGUGGGAACUACACAUACGGAGAUCAUUCGUUCACCUACUCUGCAUCUCACAAAGACACUGGGAAGAGACCCAAAAAUCUCAAAAAAGGACUCAUCAGACGAAAGGACAGAUUUCCACCGGUCUAAUGUCCAUUGCUCAUUUUUCUUGGUCCAAGCAAGAGUGUGCAAAGCUGUCAUCAAGGCAAAGGGUGGCUACUUUUGAAGAACCUCAAAAAAUAAAAUGUAUUUAGAUUUGUUUAACACUUUCUUUGGUUACUACAUGAUUCCAUAUGUGUUAUUUCAUAGUUUUUGAUGUCUUCACUAUUAUUCUACAUUGUAGAAAAUAGUAAAAAAAUAAAGAAAAACCCUUGAAUGAGUAGGUGUGUCCAAACUUUUGACAGGUACUGUACAUACAACUGAAAUGGUGCAACGGUCAGCCUUUUUUGACGACCAUCUUUAAAGUUUAUGUGCUGCUGAACGUUAUAUAUAGUUGGCAAUGCACGACACUGCCAGGUCCAACGUGUAGGUUAGGGCAACAACACAUCUGAUGGAGUCAAAGUAGCAGAUUUCACAGGAUGAAACAUGUGUCCUGUGACUGGCUAAGUUAGCGUCUACCUUCCCUCCCUCCUACUGACAACAUGCGUCACUGUUUGACAAACCUCCCACUUUUAGCCCAGGAUUCAAUCCAAUCGCGCUUUGUCCGCUUAUGCACGUUUUUUUAAUAUGUUUUUUUUAAGGCUAUGUGUCUGCGUUCACGGAGAUCAGAUUCACCAUAAACGUGGCAUAUGUCAGCUUGAUCGGAAAAUUAUCUUUAAAAUGACGCAUUGUCCAAAUCGGUGAUCGGAUUGAAUCCCUGCCUUUAGACAUUGAGCCAAAACAACACUUGUGUUUUGUCUUUAUACAUUAUUGAGAUUUGGCAAGAUGUGUUGAUAACUAUAAUAAUGUAUAUAUAUAAUAGAUCUAUAAAUACUCUAUUUAGGUUAUAAGGGCACAAACACUGAAUAAAAAUAUAAACACAACAUGUAAAGUGUUGGUAUGUUUCAUAAGCUGAAAUAAAAGAUCCCCAAAAUUUUACAUGUGCACAAAAAGCUUAUUUCUCUAAAUCUUUGUGCAGAAAUUUGUUUACAGCCCUGUUGAGUGAGCAUUUUUCCUUUGCCAAGAUAGUCCAUCCACCAAAAGGCCACUCUAAAAUGUGCAUUUUUGUCACACAACACAAUGCCACGGAUGUCUCAAGUUUUGAGGGAGCGUGCGAUUGUCAUGCAGACUGCAGGAAUGUCCACCAGAGCUGUUGCGAGAGAAUUGAAUGUUCAUUUCUUUACCAUAUGCCGUCUCCAACGUCGUUUUAGAGAAUUUGGCAGUGCGUCCAACCAGCCUCACAACCACAGAUAACAUUUAUGGCGUCGUGUGGGCGAGCGGUUUGCUGAAAGUUGUGAACAGAGUGCCCCAUGGUGGCAGUGGGGUUAUGGUAUGGGGCAGGCAUAAGCUAUGGACAACGAACACAAUUGCAUUUUAUCGAUUUUUUUAAAGAUAUCUGUGACCAACAGAUACAUAUGUGUAUUCCCAGUCAUGUGAAAUCCAUAGAUUAAGGACCUAAUGAAUUUAUUUAAAUUGACUUAUUUCCUCAUAUGAACUGUAACUCAGUAAAAAAAUUGAAAAUGUUGCAUGUUGCGUUUAUAUAUAUUUUUUGUGUAUUUGCUAAUUACAAGCUCAUUGUCAUGACACUUUAUCAGAAAAUAUAUUUAAAAAAAGAGAGUAGCUUACUUUAUAAAAGAAAAUGUAUGUUUUAAUUAUAUAAUAGCAAAGCUAAUUGUAUUUUGUUUGUAAAUGUUAGCAGGGGCAUUCCAUACACAAGAAUAUCUUUGAGAAACCCCCAAUUUACUGUUACGUUAUGUGUCUAAUAAAAGAGUUAUAAUUAUA